AUGCAAAAUCAUAUGAAAUAGAUCAUAUCUUAUUGGUCUUGGGUUCCAAAGGAAAUGCUUUUGUACCAUCUUCACAUUAUUUUGCAUAUUUCCUUCAGCCUGGGAAUAUCCUUUUCUGCCACCACAACAGAAAAAGCACUCCAGUUCAGAACUUCAUUAAAAGGAAGGACAAAAUUAUCUGCAAUGAUCACAGGAACACACUCGUAA